AUGGCAGAUCUCUACGUAAAGGAUUAUACAAACACAAAGGGAGCUCCCGUAGCAAGGCUUUUAUUCAUUCAUGGUUUUGGAGAACACACAAACCUUUAUCCUGAAUUCUUUGAAUUUUUGAAUCAACGAAAUAUUGAAGUGUUUUCUUUUGAUCAGAGAGGAUUUGGCCGCUCGAAACAAUCUCCAAAACUCCAGGGUUGUACCGGUGGUUGGAAGAAACAACUUCCUGACAUUGAUUACCAUGUACAACGUGCAAGCGACACCGAUCUUCCUUUAUUCUUGAUGGGUCAUUCAAUGGGUGGUGGUUUGUCACUUCAAUAUGGUAUUUCAGGUGCUCAUCGCAAGAAUUUAAAAGGUGUUGUUGCUCAAGCCCCUAUGUUGCAAAGUCAUCCUGAUACGAAACCCAACUAUCUAGUGUACAAAUCCCUUUCCGCAGUUAGCAGAAUUAUGCCAAAUUUCACGUGGAAUACUAAGAUUAUGGAGACGAAAAAGGGAACUAGAGACCAGGGAAUGAUGGAUCGAAUUCUUAGUGAUCCUCUUACCUCAUCAGUUGGUUCCCUUGAAACGUUGCGCGAUCUUAUCAAUUGUGCUCAGCAAACACUCGACGAAGCUAAUCGAUUUCAUUUGCCUCUUCUCAUUGCUCAUGGCACUGACGACAAUAUUAACCUCUAUGAUGCGUCCCAGGAAUUUUAUGAGCAUGUUGGUACGAAGGACAAAACUUUUCUGUCUCUUCCUGAUUGCCAACAUUCACUCAAUAUUGAGCAAGAACCUGAUAGGACCCUCUAUCUAAAUCAAGUCUGUGAUUGGAUUCACAAACAUGCAAGCUUUGGAAAUCCUACACCUACAACUUCCGCUCCCAGUGCUACUAUUGCUUCUGAUAUGAAGUCUACCGCUUAA